AAAUUCAAACAAAGUACCAGUUGGUCAUACACGAUGAUGCGAUACCUACAUGAACUGCAAUUUUUCAAUCAGUGAUUCAGAGCUCAUUAUAAUAUGACUGGUAAAUUCACUUUUUUUUUUGUUCAACGUAGACCAUGCCCCUUUGCAGAUUGCUUUUCAAGGGAGAUCCUUACCGCGAGAUGAUGCUUAGAUUAAUUUCCCUUGUAUUUAUUGUAAUAUUGGUUAUAGAAGUUGAAAAAUCUAAUUGUGAAAGUCCAAAAUGUCCAAAACCCAUUACUACCUGCGAACGAGGCAAAAUUUCAUUUUAUUUAUUCAAAGAGUUAUUAGAACCGUACGAAGAGUUGAUACUAUACGAUGAAAAUUCAAUAAAAAAUGCCCCAUUUAUACCAAAAGCAGAUUUCAAAAUUUUAAUCCACGGUUAUACCGGAUCUAAAGACCGUCCACAAGCAAUGGUGGAUCUUCGUAAUGAAUAUCUCAAACUGCAGAAAAAAUUCAACAUAGUGGUGGUAGAUUGGGGACCAAUGGCUGUCGAUGGAUGUUAUUUUGACACCGCUUUUCAUUGCAUAUCACUUGUAGGAGGAUGUUUGGCAGAGUUGGUUAAUUCUAUACUUCACUACAGACCAGAAAUAACUGUAGAUCAAUUUCACGUCAUUGGUUGGAGCAUGGGAGCUCAAGUUUGCGCUCGAUUUGGAGGUCAUUUUUGGCCGAAAAUUGUUCCUCGAAUUACUGGUUUGGACCCAGCGCUCCCAAAAUUCGAAUGGCCUUACACAGCACCGCAUAAUAUAUUGAAUAGACGCCAUGCAAAGUUUGUUGAUGUACUUCAUUCAAAUAUGGGAAUAUGCGGAGUCUAUUUUUCGGACGCCCAUUACGACAUAUACCUCAAUAAAGGGACAUUCCAACCUGGAUGUGGUGACAACAUAUCGUGUAGCCAUGCUCGAGCGACUGAGGCUUUUACCGAAUCUAUCAAUUCAAAAGUAAAAUUUAUGGCUAGAAAGUGCGAUACCAAUUCGUAUUAUGUUACCUUCAGAAGCUGUAACGGAGAUUCAAAAAAAUACAUAGAAGUAGGAGAAUAUUGCAAACCACCAGCAGAUGAAAAAGACACAGGUACUUAUUUUCUCAAGACCAACGACCAGUCACCACUUGUGAAACCUAUAGCCAUCUGAGAAUACGAAUCAUUGAGCGUCGAAUAAAUUCCAUCACCUGUAGAGUAAUUUUUAUUCAAAAGAAAGUUUUUUGUUACAAUUCAACACAAAUAAUUAAAUAUGCUUCAAUUUUUUUAAAUUCGGUUUUCAGUUUUAAAUGUACAUACCUAUUACCUACCUAUAACAAAAAUGAAAGCAGCUUGCAAUAUUAUUUUUUUAAUGACUCAACUUGCUUAAAAAGCUGAAGUAUCCUCUUCAUAGUCAUAGUCUCCACUCCUCGAAUCAAUUGAACGCGAUUUUGAGUAGAUGUGGACUUUUCAAAAAAAACAAAAAAAAAUGAUAUGCAAAUGUUAAAAACCGAAACCGGAAUUCACAUUUUGAUCAAUUCAAUCACAGUUUUUCGAAUCCUUAGAUACAUAUUUAGGGUUAUUUUAUGAAAUUUUUUGAGAUUCGAAAAAUUCAAAAAUUGCAGAAGGCUCCUUAACAUAAAUACUUAGCUUAAAACCGCCACAAAUCGAUUAGUGAAAUUGAAACUUUGCAGUAGCUACCUAUCUGUGACAUUGUACAGCUCAUAGGUAAGUAAAGAGAUAAAAUUUUUACGCUUUUUGCGUCAAAUAAUACGCGACAAACAAUUUUUUAAAAUUUAUUUCUUCUAACAAUUGAACCAACAUUUCGAUGUGAAAUUUAUAUGAAUAGGUAGGUAUCUAAAUUUAUUAAUUUGCAUUCCAAAUACGUUCAAAAAGUCACCUUGAAAUUGACAAAUUUUCGAGAUUUCGAAAAAAAAAAUAUAAUAUUACCUUCCAGAUCGUAAAUUUUAUUACAUUUUCGCGUUUAUAAUGUAAAAAAUUCUAACAAUCUACCAGCUGAGCAUAUAUAAAUGCACAAUAAAUAUGCGAAAAUCUAUCGUAAACGGUCUCAUAAAGCUCCGUUAGGUAUUGUAUCUGGCUUUUCCGAUCAUCUUUUUUUUUUUGGUACUUCCUCAUUCUCGUGUUUGUGCGAGAUAUCAUGUUCAGAAUAAUUUUCACCGCAUUUGUAGCAAUUUUAGUGAGUAUCUGAGCAAUGCAUAAUAUUGUAAUGUACUUAAGUAUAUCUUAAAUAAAAAGGAAAUUUUUUAAUUCGUUGAAAAUAUUAAUUUUUGUUUAGAUUGUUGAAAAAUAUGGUGAGUAAAAUUACCGAUAGGUACCUAUAUCUAUUAAAUAAACAACUUAUUAAAAAUGAACACUUUUUAUCUAUGAAUUUAAAAUUGUUUUCAAAAACAUCAUUAUAUUUACUUGAUCGCGAUUUCAGAUUUCAUUGUACUUUGGUAGGUAGGUAGGUAGGUAGGUAUGUAGAUAGAUAGAUAAGUAAGUAAGUAGGCAUCAUAUUUUGAAAACGUGUUUUAUAGGUACUCGCAUGUCCCAAUGUUCAUCUUCAGUUAAUAUCAUCAUCAAAAUGCAAAUUUUGCAUUUUUUUUUUUUUAAACAAAAACACUUGACUAAUAAAAUUACAUAUUUCUAUCGCAUUGUUUGCAGAUUGUGCACAAGCCCAAGAAUGUCCAAAACCUAUCAAUACAUGCGAAAGGGGCAAAAUUUCAUUUUAU